GUUGGUAGCCCGCGAGCGCGGCUCCCAACGAGGAAGAAAACGAAGCGACCGAUCGCGUUCUGGCUGGAUAAAGAACGACCAAGAUGCCACGCUCCUUUCUUGUCAAGAAGGUCAAGUACCCGGUGUCCAACCACCAUGCCAGCGGGCCCCGCUGGUACCGACAGCCGUCCAGCCCAACGGAGGCGGCGCCGGUGCCGAGCCCGCAGCCCAGCUCGCCCAGCCGCGGCGGCGCCGUCGCCCUGCCGGCCUACGACUACUCGAGCCCGGCGUACGAAAGCGGAAGUACCGGCCUGGCACCCGUGACGGUGCUACCUGGGGGCACCCCGAGCCCUGCUGACGCCGAGGUCAAGGAGUACCACGAGUUGUCACCGGCCUUCCACUUCGACGCCAACGAGGACGUGGCGAGCAAUGUGGACGUGGUGUCCGAGCCGAGCCCCCCGCAGAGCCAGAGCGAAAAUAAGCCUCCCCUGGCCGAUGGUCGCAGCCGGCGCAAGGGCCGCGACAGCUCGCCCCGCGCCAAGCGCAGUCCAGAGCGGCCGCGCUACACGUGCGGCGAGUGCGGCAAACACUACGCGACCUCGUCGAACCUGUCGCGCCACAAGCAGACGCACCGCAGCCCGGACUCGCAGCUGGCCAAGAAGUGCCCGACGUGCGCCAAGGUGUACGUGUCCAUGCCGGCGCUGGCCAUGCACGUGCUGACGCACAACCUGAGCCACAAGUGCCCCGUGUGCGGCAAGGCGUUCUCGCGGCCCUGGCUCCUGCAGGGCCACAUGCGCUCGCACACCGGCGAGAAGCCGUUCGGCUGCGCCCACUGCGGAAAGGCGUUCGCCGACCGCUCCAACCUGCGCGCACACAUGCAGACGCACUCGGGCCUCAAGCACUUCCGCUGCGCGCGCUGCCACAAGUCGUUCGCGCUCAAGUCCUACCUCAACAAGCACCUCGAGUCGGCCUGCUUCAAAGAGGACGGCUGCGUCUCCUGGUCCGUGGACGACUCGCUGGACGCCCUGCAGCCGCUGUAAGCUGCGGCCUUCCCAUCGGAAGAGACCCGGCCGCGCUGAGUGGGCCCAUGAGGGACAUCGCGAUUCUUGUGUACUUGCAGGUUAAACAGCGCCCUCCCAAUCAACGAAUCUGCUCGAUGGGGUGCAGUCCUCGUCACUGUUGUUAAUUCUCUUGUCUGAUACUCGGCCGCAGCUCACGCAAAGCACGAAAACGCUAGGCACGCUGGUGCCAAGGUUUGCAAUGUGGGUUUCGACCCAAACCACAGUCUAGGUAUACGGGCGGACCAUUGCCGCAAAAACGCUUGAAGUGUGGCCUCCAAAGGAUAGUCAUUCCAGUACAUUGUACAACAAGGCAAACAUUUCAUCAUUCAUAACAAAACAUAUAAAAGUCAAAGUACCACCGCUGGGUUCUUCAUCCCAUUCCUCUGUUGUUGGGCGGUAGCCACGAAACAAGAAAUGAUUGUAUGUGUUACAGUUUGAAAGGUCUCAAGUUCUUGUUUUGCUUGUUGUUACGAGUCUAUAGUAACAGCAACCUUCGAUUUAUAUUUGUCUGCCUGCACUAGCGUUCACGUAGUUAUCCGGGACCCUCUGAUCAAAUCGCAAGUGCCACGGCUGGGAGUAGUGCAGAAGGUAAAGAGGGCGCGUAGUUUCGCCCAUUACGAGACGGCAUACACUUAUCACUGCGGCGUAGCGGCGCAAACAACAACAUCCGCAGUUUGCAUUGCAUCGAUCGCCACGGUGAUGCUGUUUGUUUUAAUGCACAUUCCAUCAAAAGUGGCACCGCCGGGCACUUAUUCACGCGUUGUGCUGUCGUCGAUGCCCUCCAUAGUAACCGGCACCAAGCGACGCCUGUGCCGGAAAAAGAAAAGAACGGAGAAAUCGGCUAUAGCAAGUUGCACGACGCAGCCAAAUGAAGCAAUAACCUCGACCACCGUAAGCGUCUAUGCAAUGGUAAUUACACCUUUCUUUUAUUUUGCCAGGAUAAAUGUAACCCACAUGCUCGCAUUUGAAAGAACGCUCAUUUUGAAAAUCGCUCCAGCAAUAACCGUGGGCGCGCAUGCUUCCCGGAGCACCCGGACCAAAAGCAAUACGAAUAAUCUCGGCGAACUACGGCGCCUGAAUCCGAGGGAAAAUGAAUUGAUGCGUCUAGUCAGAAUCCGCUAAGGAUCGCGAGCCUGGCAGGGAACCUGUCGCGUCGAAGCAAGAAUCGAUAAAGGCUUGCGCGCGCUUGUGCGAAAACUGCGAUAGCUCUAGAAGAAUGGUGCACAUAGAAGUGAUAUUUAUUGAGCUCAUUGUAUUUAUUUAGCCAAAUAGGUGUUUGUUUAUAUACACGCUGACUUAAUAUUGCACGUUUCACUGUAUAUACUCAUUUAUUUGCAACAAUGACAUAGAUCUGUGCUAGUCAGAUUUAGCGCAAGUACGAAGACUACUCACUAGACACGUAGAGUAUAUUAUUGCAAGGUCUCAAAGUAUAUUUAGACCACGAAAACGUACGCGUGAUAAAAGGCCGGCGUCGUACGUGAGGGACGUGCUUCUCAAGACAAUGACAGAAUAGCCUGGCGGACUGCUCGUGGCCGAAGCAACUGGCAUCGGACACACACGCGCGCGCACGCACGCACAAACACACACACAGACACACACGACUACAAGAAAGCUCCCGUCAGCUACGAGUCUCGUGAGCGUGGAGAAAAGCUUCCAUGGGCAUGUAUCACGACUGCUUCUUGCGUGCGUGCGUCCGUUUCACUUGCAGCUGAACAUUUCUUUCCCUCCUCCUAAUUCUAUGACCAUCGACUUAGCAGUUUUGUGAUAGUCCAUGUUGCUAGAUGCCAGUCAAACUUUCACUCGAGGUUCUUUUCCUCAUCAUCGAUCACGUACGUUUUCAAUACGUGAGCGUCAUACAUUAGACUUUCGGCUUCUUAGCAGUUAAGUACGUUACUGUUAUGACUACAAAGUGCGCAGGUGAGUAAACGGCUUUGUACAAGCUGGACCUAGGAGCAUUCGUGUUCACCCGUCGGGUUGGAAAAGAACGUCUUAGCAAUUAUGUUCACAGAUAGCGACAACCGUGUCUGUACUGAUUAGCUUAUUCAUCGAUAUACAAAACGCUAAUCUGACCGUUAUGCAUCGGUAGCUUAUAAAUUAAAACCGCACCCACACGUCCAUAAAUUCUAAAUGCGUAACGGCUUAUCGGCUAACAAGAAAAGGUGAUGUGGUAAAAGUUCCAGACAAUUGAUGUGUUCUUGUCACAAGCAUUUCUGAGAACGAGAUCAUUAUUGAAAGUAAAACAAUUGCGGGAGAAUACCAGGCACUCCAACGAGUCCAACCUUAGACAUUCGCAGCCACGAGCUGCACAGAAACAGUAACUUCCCAAAUAUGCUGAGGAGUACAGAUACUUCGAGACGUAAUAAUAAUCAUUUUGCGUGUUCUCGGCUGAGAACGCAUAGAUCGGCGAAGUGCAUGUCCGCACCAAUAUGUGUGACUCCUUUUAAAGAGGCAGUUGCUUAUGAAUGCAAGCGUGAACAAUCCAUUGAGAAUUACAGGAUGUCGCGUUCGCGCCAAUCCUAUAAGCAAUAACUCCUUUCGUGUAUAGGAAAUGACAAUCUUCCCUGUUGUGGUGAUACGUCAUGACGUGCGAAGAAAUAAUCCUUAAAGCAAUAUUUACAGCAGGAAAAAUGAAAUACUCUAUGGUGCUCUAUUCGCGUGGGGAAAAAAAAGAUGAAUAGGUGCAACCAAUUUGGCCAGCACAAUCAAGCUAAAAGCUCGUUUCGCCGCCGUAUUUCAGGCACCUCGUGCAUUAUUUAGCAAGGACAAAUCAGCUGGCAGAGCUAGCAGAUAGUGGCGAAAGAACGCAUGGCACUACGACUCCCCACUGAAUUUUCCCAAACUUCGUCCAAUUUUGUUUCCGUGCGGGAUACGCUAACGUUGAAAGUGCCAAACGAAGACUCGGCGUGAAUAUGUUUAUCAUUGCACCAGCUCUCCGAGGUUCCAGCUGGAUACUUAAUCGUUGAACAUAGUUGCGUUCAGCACCAAGAUAAUUCUUGACUUAGGUCUGCGCCCUGAUGUUGCAAUCUUUUAAGAAGAACCGUGUCAAUAUGAAUGACUACAAAUGUGUCUCACUCUUUAUGCCUUGUGUUGAAACCGUGCUCUAUGGUUAACCUGCCCUGUCUUCUGAACGUCAAUGAUCUAGGUGUCCCAUUGUCACUGUCAUUCUACUUAUCAUAAGCCCCUUUGUAACUUAAUAUCCGUGCUUUUUUAUUAUUCUAGUUGCUAAAAAUGACCCCCUUUCUAGCGGGAUCGAGGUCUUUCAAUAUAUGGGGUGAACAUUUGUAAGCUUCCGGGAAUUUAAAAAAAUCGCCUGAUGCAGAUAACAUAUAUCUAGUCAUCUACCUGGAUUAUUCGGAGAGGUGGACAUCACUUUCGCGAAAAAGCGAAACCCAUAUUCAUAUAAUUAACAAAAAUUCCCUAAAUAACUUUUUCAGUAAUAGCUUUACGGCACAUAUUGUAAUUUACGAAUUGUAGCAGAUGAGUUUGCGCGGCAUAUCUGCUCGUAAUAAAUUUCCGGAAUGACACCAAUUUGGAGACAUGCGCCAUCAAACUCUCCGUAAAGAUGCACUAUUGCUCCACUUACUUUUUUUAACACAACGUUCUGUUAUGCAUUGAAGCACAAAAGAAACUGGAAUGCCGAUGUAUUUCGCCCCGCACUUUGGGAAAUAUUAUCUCGAAAGUGGUGUCAUCCUGGAAAUUAAUUUCAAAUGAAGACGUCUUGCAAACUCACUGGCUAAAAUACGGAGAUUGCAAUAAGUGCCAUCAGGUAAUUUAUUUAAAAGUUAAUUAGCCAAUUUUUAAUUAGAUGAAUAUGUGUUUCGAUUUCUCGUGCUAGUAAUGUCCGCCGCUUUGAAUAUACCAGCUCAAUAACAACAAUUAUGAUAUCUGCCACUGGCGAUUCUUGAAAAUUCCAUAAAACUUACAAAUGUUCAUCGCGUAUUGUGUGCGGUAUCUCUCUUGGUGGCGCCUAUUUGUUUCCCUGUCGCAGAUACUCAUCUAAUAAAUUUGUAUUUGGAUUCGAAUAUUUGUAACCCUACUGUAGUAGGUCCAAAACAGUACUAGCCAAUCAAAAGAUACGUUGAUACCAGCAAAGGUUCGUUUUAACACUAAAUGACAAUACAUUGCGCAUCUUGGGGACAGUCAUACCCGCAAAGAAAGGUGGCACGCCUAUGACGCAGAACUAAACGCUAUUAAAAAGUCAAUUUUUGAAGCAGUAUCUGGACGUUACUACUGUGUUCUUCAAUCAAUGACAUCAGUCAGGUUUGAAAAAAUAAGCAAUCUGCGCAUGUUAGAUUUAUCUUGCCAGCAGCAAGUUCAUUGCAUAUACUACGCGACUCUCCUUUAGGACCUUAUACAACGAAAACGAUUUGCUAUGCAUUGUAACUGUUUAAUUAUUGGAAACUGAUGCUUGAACGUGUUCGCACAUGCUGAUGUUAUUACAUUUUAUUGUGUAGAGUAAUGAAUGAUGGCAGCGCCUAAAAAAAAAAGGAGGUUUUGUACAUUAUCACUUGUAAUAGGCCUGGAUCUGGAACAAUAACGGGUGGAAACAAAGAUACCUCGUUAGCAAGACGCCACAAGUAAUUAAAAGAAACAUUAUCAUGUCGUAGACAGACAACGCACACUUUUUCUGAUAAUAACUUCAGAAAACGACUACAAAAAGAAAUUCUUUCCUGCAUCCUGUGUUGUGAUGUCUGAAACUGGGAAUUUAAAAACGUGGUAUUUUCAGUUCCAUUAUUGCAAGAAAUGGUUCUGCAGUGAGUAAUAUUCAUAUGUGUUAUGUGAAAUUCCUGGUAUCCCUUGAAGUGUUCAGUUUUAGUAAAGGCUGCCACAAAACUUGAGGUGAAUAUCUGUGGCGACAUGGUACCAAAUCAUUACACAAAAACCUGACGUAUGUUUCAAUGCUUGCUCUCUCUCCUGCAUAUAGGUGCUCUGUUAAUCUUGAAAAAUGCGAAAAUAUUGGUGCUGUCGUACAGAGGUGUAAGAUCCAAGGCCGCCCACAUUUUGUAGCUGUAGUCAAGGAAACAAAAGAUUGAUGCGGGUAACAUGUCUUUUGGUGAACUGGUUCUGUUGUACUAAAUGCAACUGUGCUACUGUUGUGCUACUUCUCAGCAUGAGUCGGCUACUACUAAAUAAAAAAACAUGUAAGCCAUUAUCCAAAGCUGUGGAGUGCCAUCCUUGCUAUAUUCAUGACCGAAUAUACAAAUGUACUUUCUAGCCUAUUCAAGCAAUGACGCAGCUUUAGGUACAGCCAACUGUGCCACUUUCGGCACCUUUCAUAUUUAGAUGACUACACCAUUCGCUUUUGUGAAAAUUUACUGAAAUGCGAACAAAGUAUGCUGUGACUUCCUUGGUGACAUAUUUGGGCAGCAGGGCCAUCAUGGCCUUUAAAAAAUUCUACACCGAAGCACGUUACGAGCAACGUCCUCUUUUUCAUCUUGCCAAGCCCUUUCUUUCAAUGAAAGCGUCCCUUCUGGACGCUGUAAACACUCAGUGUAAACACUCAAAAAUGCAUUGCACCUUACCCGAUGUCCGUCAUCCGAACGCUGCCUGAUGAACGACGUCAUGCAUGACGUGUUUGCAGGAGUUUAACCCUGUUUUAUAGCAAUAAAUACGUCGCAGUGGAAGUCGUAGAAUGUGCUUUGUCUUUUAUGGUACUAGUCUGCUUCCAAGUGCGUCAGUAUAGAAGCACCUAUCACAACGCUGCUGCUCGUCAGAUAUAAUUUAUGUGUAUUUUAUUGCAGGUCGAGCACGUACUCAUUUGUUUGAAAAAUAUGUGAAUGCUGACUAUUUGUAUAUUUCAAGGAGUCCAUGCACGAGCCAAAUGUACACAUACCGUUGGUCUUGCAACCAUUUCUGUUGGCAUGUGAUUGCUGGAUAGAAGCAAAUUGUGCUUCUAUGAAAGUGCGGAAUUCGACGCCGCACUUUUAAGGCGCAGCAGGCUUCCCCUGUCGUCAAUAGCUCCUAGCGCGUCUCCGCGGCUUGAAAGGAACUGUUGUAAAAGUAACAGGCUGAGCAAUAAUUUUAACUGCCAGUUGAAUCUGUCACACAUCCACAGAAUUGCAGAAUGCAGCUGAGGUACUUUCUUCCUAACCGGCGUCUGCAGUAGUGUAGACCAUUUAAAAUCGGAGCUGUGGGCGCCACUGUUUUCGGCUUCUCAUGCAAAAGCUUUAUAAGUGUAUUGCUCAAAACGCUGUGCUGCGCUUAAUCUGAAAACGAGCCAGUUCUGCUCUACCUUGUAAAAUAUGUCAAAAUGUAGCGGCAAUACAGUUUUCAACACAGCUGCGUCAAAUGGUGGAGGCGAAAUUCGCCUCGAUUGCAGAAAGUUGUUACAAAAAUACAGCUCUAUUUUUCCCCUUAUGAACUCAUCAUUAAUCAAUUAAACAGUUUCUGUAAACGCUUCUUACGAUUAAAGCGUUCCAUAACUCUUGUGCAGGGAACCUGCUUGAGCCUAAAAAAGUUUGGACUCUGGCGUGACUUCAGUCUGUUACGGGCUACUUUAUUUGUUCAUUUUCGAUAGCGACCGCCAAUGUCUCUGCUAUUUACAAUUGUAUGCCUGCUGGCUUCUCUAGCUUUGUAGCGAAAGUUGCCUGUACUGUCUGUAGAGUGGAAAGCUCUGUAGACUCACCUGUAUAGAUUUUGCAACUAGCAUGUUGGUUUAUUUUUUUUUCCUCGAUGCUCUCUGCGGUAAGAUUUCUCAUUAAUACAAAAAAUAAAGAUUUGAACAAUGCUGUUCUAAAUUGGGGGAAACAAAACAUGCUGUUCAACUCGAUCUUAUACAUAGUCACUUUCCCCUUUCUAUGCAUCUGUUUCGAAGUUUCUCCUGUGCUAGAGUUUGCAUCUUGAGCAAUAAAUGUCCCUAUUUUUUACGAA